CAGUGUAGGGCUUCUACGACGUCUUCUCAUUCAUCACUCUCUAUUUCUCUCUCUACUCGGCGCAAGUGUGCACCGCCGUUCUAUAUCUUACGCUAUCGGAGACCAAUAAGGUUUGCGGGCCGGGCUCUGUGUCGAUGGCAAAUCCCAGUGGGAUCGGCACUAAGUUUGUGUCUGUGAAUCUGAAUAAGUCUUAUGGACAAUCUUCUCAUCAUACUCAUCCACCUUAUAGUGGCUAUUAUGGGCAAGCUGCAGCGAGCCGAUCCCGAUCCAGUAGUGGUGGUGGGGGAAUGGUUGUUCUGUCGCGGACUCGGAGUUCACAGAAGGCUGUUCCGAAAUUAUCUGUUCCACCCCCCUUGAACUUGCCUUCCAUGAGGAAAGAACAUGAGAGAUUUGAUCUUUCGGGUUCCGGUGGUGGUGGUCCGGCCGGUGCGACAGGUUCGGGAAGUGGGUCGAGAUCCAGUUCUUCUGGGUUGAGUUGGUCAAGGCCGGCGGCUGUUGGAUUGCAAGAUGGGAGUGAGACUCCGGCAGUUGAUGGUAUGGACCAGCGUGUGAGAGAUAUUGAUGGUGUGACUAGGGGGAGUAGUUCUUAUUUGCCACCUUCUGCUCGAUCAGGUGGGGUUGGACUUGCAGUUCCUGCUUCAGCUCGAGCUUAUCCACCAGAGAAACCCACGGUAUUGAGGGGAGAGGAUUUUCCUUCUUUGCGAGCUGCCUUGCCCACCACGUCUGGGCCUGCUCAGAAACAGAAAGAUACUUUGAAUCCGAAACAGAAGCAGUUAGCGGGUGAGGAUUUAUUGACUGAGCAGAAGGACAGUUUUCAUAGUUUGCUGGUUCACAUGCAUCCACUGAGGCAGUCUUCCAAUCAUACUGUUGUUAAUGGGUCAAAUGAGAAUGGUGGUGAAGAUUAUGAACAGGGCAGUUCACGCAUGCCAGAUCAAAUGCGGAAGCAAGAAGAGUUCUUUUCCAUUCCAUUGCCCUUGGUUCAGUUGAAUCCAAGAUCUGAGUGGGCUGAUGAUGAGCGUGAUACAGGUCAUGGAUUUGCAGACCGUGGUGGAGAUCACGGGUUUCCAAAAAGUAAAGCUUAUUGGGAUAGAGAUUUUGAUAUGCCCAAGACCAGUGUUUUACUGCACAAACCGGUUCAAUUUCAAAGGUGGGGUCAACGCGACAAUGAUACUGGCAAGGGUUCUUCCGCCGAAGUCCCUGAAGUGGACCCUUAUCGUAGAGAUGUAAGAACACCUAAACGGGAAGGCAGUGAAAGUAACAGGUGGCAAACUUCCCCUCUUCCAAAAGAUGGAUUUAAUGCACAAGGUGUAAAUGAAAGAAAUGGUGUUGGUGAAAGGCUGAUUGCUAACAAGGAUCCAAGGAUGGAGGAUAAGCACCUACCACCUUAUUUUGGAGAUAAUACUUGGAAUGGUGUUGCAACAGUAAACCGGGACUUGGCAUUUGGAAGGAGGUAUAUGGGGCAUGUUACAGAAGGGCGACAUCAAUUGAAUCACACUGUGGAAUCAUUUGGCAACCGAGGGUCUGUGCUGAAUACAAGAGACCAAUACGGCUCUGAACAGUCUAGUAGAUCUAGUAUUGAUGCUUACCAGAGUAGAGCAGUGUCCAAAUCAUCAUUCCCUUCAAAUGGUAAAGAGUUUCCUGUCAAUGUUCCUAAAUUGAAUGUUGGCUGGGAGAAGCGUUCAUUUUCACAGAGUGAAAGACCUAAUGUAGUGGACCCUUUUGCGAAAGACUUUGGCUCUACUGAUUUUGGAGAAAGGGAUCCCUUUUCUGGGGAUCUUGUUGGAGUAAUUAAGAGGAAAAAAGAUGUGGUUAGACAGGCAGAUUUCCAUGACCCUAUUAGGGAAUCUUUUGAGGCUGAACUUGAAAGAGUUCAAAAGCUGCAAGAGCUGGAGCGGCAGCGCAUUAUUGAAGAUGAAGAAAGAGCUUUGGAGCAAGCCAGGAGAGAUGAAGAGGAUAGACUGCGACUGAUUAGGGACGAGGAAGAAAAGCGGAGAAUGCUGGAAGAGGAAGCCCGAGAAGCUGCAUGGAGGGCAGAACAAGAGCGACUGGAGUCUAUUCGAAGAGCUGAAGAGCAGAAGACAGCUAAAGAAGAGGAGAGGAGGAGAAUUCUUAUGGAGGAAGAGAGGAGGAAACAAGCUGCUAAUCAAAAGCUUUUAGAAUUGGAGGCUAGGAUUGCCAAGAGGCAGGCUGAAGCAUCAAAGGGUGAUAGUUUGGUUGCUGCUGUUGCAGACGAGAAAGUUUCAGCUGUGCUCAAGGAAAAAGAUAUCUCCAAGGGGGUGGAUCUGGAUAACUGGGAAAGUAGUGAGACAUUGGUGGACAGGAUGACAACUUCAGCAUCUUCUGGUUUAUCCAUUCCAAAUAGAACCUUGGAGAUGGGUUCCAAGGCUCACUCUUCUAGAGAAGGUUCUUCUAGCUUUCUGGACAGAGUAAAACCUGUUAAUUCAUGGAGAAGGGAUGUGUUUGAGAAUGGGAACAGCUCAUCCAUCCUCGUACAAGACCAGGACAAUGGUCAAUACAGUCCCAGGCAAGACGCAUCUGUUGGUGGGGGGGAAUCCGGUGGAAGAGCAUCCUCUAGGGAAGAGUUCUAUGGAGGUCCUGGAUACAUGCCUUCGAGGACUUAUUUCAGAGGAGAGAUACAGGAACCUCAAAAGGUGGAAUUUGCUUAUCUAAAACAACAAAGGUGGAAUCCUCCUGGAGAUGGAGACCCUUACGCCAAAACCAGGGAGAUUGACUCAGAAUUUCAUGAGAAUCUUGCUGAAAGAUUUGGAAAUGUUGGAUGGGGGCAGGGCGGUUCCCGUGGUUACCCUCGGUCUCCUUACCCAGAACAGGUCUAUUCGAAUACUGACGGAGAUGACAUUUAUCCCUAUGGGAGGUCACGAUAUUCCAUGAGACAGCCUCGGGUCCUCCCCCCACCAUCACUAGUUUCCGUGCACAAAACUUCCUUCAGAUGUGAAAAUGAACGACCAGGUUCCUCAACUGUCCUAGAUAAUGACUUGCAUUACAAUCAUACAGCAAGAAGUGAAUUUACUCUGCAGACAGGGUAUUACGGCAGUCAUCCAGAAAAGCUUGAAUCAUCUACCCUUUUUGAUGUCCAACAACAAAAUGUUGCAAGUGAAGAGCAGAAACAGGACAAGGAUAGCACACCAAGGUGUGACUCACAGUCUUCACUAUCUGUUUCAAGCCCUCCUAACUCUCCACCUCAUCUAUCUCAUGAUGAGUUGGAUGAAUCUGGGGAUUCUCCAGUAGUAUCUGCUAUAAAAGAAAGGAAAAAGUUUCCUCUAUAUGGGAAUGAGAAUAAUGUCUUGAAUGACAAAUCUGCGAAAGAUUCUAUGAUGAUAGCAUCAAAUCCUAUUUUUGCUGGUGAGUAUGAAGAAUGUCUUCUUGAGAAUAAUGAAGAGUUGCAGGAGCAAGAAGAAUACAUUGAAGAUGACAAUGGUUAUCAGGAAGAAGAAGCAGUUCAUGAAGAAAAUGAUGGUAAUAUCAACCGGACCCAGGAGUUUGAUAAUAUGCAUCUACAAGAGAAAGACUCAUCCCAUAUGCUAGACAACUUGGUCUUAGGCUUCGACGAGGUUGUUGAAGUUGGAAUACCAGGUGAUGAUAUUGAAAGAAACCCAAGGAAUGAAGAAAGCGCAUUUGGGAUACCUGAAGUUUCUGAUGGGAUUGGAGAAGAACUUGGAUCUAUUGAGGGGGUGCAUGGUGAUGAACUGAGCCUUCAGAUUGUGGGUGGAUCUCCUCGUGUGGGUGAUGAUGAUUCUUCUAGGAGGAUCCUGGAAAUUGAAAAGGCAGUGCAAGAGUCAAUUAUUCAGCCAGCAAGUGCUCCUCACACCUCAAUUGCAUCUGAUCUUUUAGAUGGUGUUGAUGUUUCUAGUACUUCUGGUAUAUAUGCUCAGCAAACUGUCCUACCUAACAUUAAUGAGACUUCCAUGUCUGCCAUAUCUUCUGUUCCUAGUCAAGCUGAUUUACCUAAGCUUCAGUUUGGGUUGUUUUCUGGUCCUUCUCUGAUACCAUCUCCCGUUCCCUCCAUACAGAUUGGUUCCAUACAGAUGCCUCUCCACUUGCAUCCCCCGGUUGGUCCAUCCCUCACCCACAUACACGCAUCACAGCCUCCUCCCUUCCAGUUCGGUCAGCUCAGAUAUACAUCUCCUAUCUCCCAGGGACUGCUGCCUAUGGCUCCUCAGUCAAUGUCCUUUUUUCAGCCAAACAUGCGAGGGCAUUAUAAUCCGCAUCAAAAUUCAGGAGGUUCUCUGCCUGUAGGACCUAGUCAAGGUACUUCUGCUCAGAAUGUGAUGAAACAUGAUGUACCAUCUCUUUCAGUCAAUAACCAGCCUGUUGUCGUUUCGAGGUUACAGGGCCAAUCUAAUGAGAACAUGUCAAGAGGGUUGAAUCCACUUUCAGCAAUAGAAAAUGCAGAAUGCAGUGUUCUGAUUCUUAAGAGUCAAACUGAGACUUCUGUUACUGAUGAUGGCAAGGUCAUGUUAGGAUCAGGUUCCCAAGCUGAAGAUAAACGGCACCAUAAUGCAGCUGUAAAGAUUUACCCACCAUCAUCCAAGGAGACGGGGCCUGAAAGCCAAUUGCAAAAUGCAUCAGCUUUAUCUGUGUUAUUAUCCAGUGAAAAGGAUUCCAGUGGGUCAAUGGUUCAAGGUCUAUUAUCUGGUAGCAAGGGAAGAAGAUUUGCCUAUUCUCUUAGAAAACCUGGGUUGAGAUCAACUUUUCCAGCUUCUCAGGUUCCUCCCUCUGAUUCUGGUGGAUUUCAGAGGAGACCUCGACAUAUUAUUCAACGAAAGGAGUUCCAAAUUCGGGAAAAUGUUGACAGGAGGCAAUCAUCAGGCUUGGUUUCGUCUAACAAUUUGGGGUCAAAUGUUAACGUAAGGGGGAUGGAAACUUCUGCAAGAAGUGGGUCUAAGAGAAGUACCAUGUCCAGCAAAUCAUUGAAGGUAAUAGGUAAAUCGGAAAGUUCUUACUCAGGUCCUGUUAGUUCUCAGGAGAUUGACUCUGAAAGCCGUACUGGGAAGGGAAGUGGAAAAGAAGCUUUAACCAAGAGUAAGAAUAUCUUGCACUCUGGGGAGGGAAACCUGAAUAGGAACGUUUCUGAUGUGGAUGAUGAUGCUCCCUUGCAAAGUGGGAUUGUGCUUGUUUUUAAACAACCGGGCAUAGAGGCUCCCAGUGAUGAGGAUGACUUCAUUGAGGUGAGGUCGAAGAGGCAAAUGCUGAAUGAUCGGCGCGAACAGAGAGAAAAAGAAAUCAAGGCAAAGUCUCAGCCGCCACGGAAACAUUCUUCUGCACAAAGGGCAGUGGCGUCGUCAAGAUCAAAUAGAAUUUCUGCAUCAUUGGGUGGAGAAGCAUUCAUUAACACUUGCUCUGAUUUUGUUGUCUCUGAGAAGCGAGGUUUAGCUGACAAGGAAGUAUCUACAGGAUUUACAACUGUGAUGUCUCAACCAUUGGCUCCAAUUGACACUCCUGCUGUGAGUACGGAUGCUCAGGCUGAUACAAGAUCCCGUCCCAUAAAGUCCCUUCAAACAUCCCCUGUUUCUGUUGUAUCUAGUGGUGGAAAUGACCUUGGGACAGGCCUAAUAUUUGAGACCAAGAACAAGGUUAUAGAGAAUGUUCAGGCAACUUUGGGUUCCUGGGGUAAUGAACGGAUUAGUCAACAGGUUAUGGCUUUAACGCAGACCCAACUUGAUGAGGCCAUGAAUCCUACCCGAUUUGAUACAAAUGUUACUUCUGUUGGAGGUCAUAGUAGCUCAGUUAGUGAGCCCAUCUUGCCACCAUCAUCCAUCUCGACAAGGAACAAAUCAUUUUCUUCCACAGCAAGCCCAAUCAACUCUCUGCUUGCAGGGGAAAAAAUCCAAUUUGGUGCAGUUACCUCCCCAACAGUUCUCCCUCCUAGUAACCGUGCUGUUACACAUGGCAUUAGAGCUCCAGAUAAGCACCCCAAUGAAUCUUGUGUUCAUUUAGAAGAUCAUGAAGCUGAAGCAGCUGCUUCAGCUGUGGCUGUUGCUGCCAUCAGUAGUGAUGAUGUAGUGGGUAAUGGGCUGGGCUCUGUUUCUGUCUCAAAUACCAAGAGCUUUGGGGUUGCAGAUGGAAUAGCAGGAGGUGUGGCUAGUGAUCAGCAAUUAGGAAGUCAAUUGAGGGAUGAGGAGUCUCUAAGUGUAUCUCUUCCAGCAGAUCUCUCUGUUGAAACUCCACCAAUCUCCUUAUGGCCGCCUUUGCCAAGUCCACAGAAUUCUCCGAGCCAUAUACUUUCUCAUUUCCCUGGAGGACCACCUUCGCACUUUCCCUUCUAUGAGAUGAAUCACGUGUUGGGGGGUCCAAUCUUUACUUUUGGUCCACAUGAAGAAUCUGCUGGUACCCAAUCACAGUCCCAAAAGAGUAAUGCAUUGGGUCCAGGGCCUCUUGGGAUGUGGCAACAAUGCCAUUCCACAGUGGAUUCAUUUUAUGGUCCUACUACAGGAUUCACUGGUCCUUUCAUUAGUCCGCCUGGAGGUAUUCAAGGGGUUCAAGGCCCCCCACGCAUGGUGGUCUAUAAUCAUUUUGCACCAGUUGGUCAGUUUGGGCAGGUUGGUUUGAGUUACAUGGGUACCACUUAUAUCCCAUCUGGAAAGCAACCUGAUUGGGAGCACAACCCCACAUCUUCUGCCAUGAGCAUUGGUGAGCGAAGCAUGAAUAAUAUGAAUUUAGCUUCUCCACAGCACAAUCCUCCAAACAUUCCUGCUCCUCNAAUCCAUGGUUUUGAGAGGUGAGGAUUUUCCUUCUUUGAGAGCUGCCUUGCCUACCACAUCCGGGCCUGCUCAGAAACAGAAAGAUAUUUUGCAUCAGAAACAGAAGCCGAUAGCAGGUCAGGAUUUAUUGAUUGAGCAGAGG